AUGGUCCUGACUACGUUCGGAUCGUUGGCAUCGGCACUCUCGGGACUACUAAAAGUUGUGGAUAGUGGCCCGUUCAAAGAAUUCUUUGCAGGUGAUAAGGAUCUCAUUGACAAGCUAAAGAUAGAGCUGCUGACUGCUGACGCAGUUCUCAGCGAUGCAGAGGAGAAGCAGAUCACGAAUCCAAAGGUGAAAGAGUGGCUCAACGAACUCAAACAUGCUGCUUACGAUGCUGACGAUCUGCUGGACAAAGCCACCACUGCCUAUUUGAAACUCAAGAAGAAAAUUGAAGCUAAUUAUAUCAAGGGCAAAGCUAAGGCUACGUCAGAAGAGUUCAAGAAGCGAAUCUCUGUUUUAGUUCCAUUUUAUGCUGGUGUAAUAGACGGACUCAGAAAGAUACUUGAAAGACUACAAAAUUUAGCAACGCGGAGAGAUCUUCUCCAUCUCAAGGGAAGUGCAAGGGUGAAACCACCACCCAGGUGCCAGACUACUUCUUUGCUAGACGAAUCUGCAGUGUUUGGUAGAGACAAAGAUAAAGAGGAACUAAUGGCGUGUUUGCUUGGUGGUACUGCACAGGAAAGCGGAAUCCCUGUAAUUGCAAUAGUCGGGAUUCCCGGAGUUGGGAAGACUACGCUGGCUCAGCUUUUGUAUAAUGACUCCAGGGUCGAGGAACAUUUUAGUGGAGGCAGGGCUUGGGUUCAUGUUUCAGAAGAACUUGAUGUUUUUAAAGUAACAAGAACAAUUUUUGAGUCGGUCGAUUCAAAGAACUGUCAUGUCACAGACCUGAAUGUUCUUCAAGUCAGUCUAAAGACGACAUUGAGCGGAAAAAGAUUUCUGCUUGUCUUAGAUGACAUUUGGAACGAGAAUUUCUUUGAUUGGGAUUUAUUGUCAGCUCCCUUAAAAGCUGGAGCAUGCGGGAGUAGAAUUAUUGUGACUACUCGUAAUCAAGGCGUUGCAUCAAUCAUGCGGGCUAUUACUACUCAUCAUCUACCACAAUUGUCAGAUGAAUGCUGCCAGAAGUUAUUUGAAAAAUAUGCAUUCGGGACUAGCAAUCCUGAUGAUCAUCCAGAUUUAAAAAGUAUUGGUCAUGAUAUUGCAAAGAAGUGCCAAGGCUUACCUCUAGCUGCAAAAACACUGGGGGCCCUCUUGUACUCGAAAUUAGAAGCUAAGCAAUGGUGUAGAAUACUAAAUAGCAAGAUAUGGGAUCUGCCUAAUGAUAAGAAUAGCAUACUUCCAGCAUUAAGAUUGAGCUAUAAUCAUCUUCAUCCACAUCUCAAACAGUGCUUUGCUUAUUGUUCGAUAUUUUCAAAGGGCCAUAAGUUUGAAAAAGAGAAAUUGAUUCUCAUGUGGAUGGCGGAAGGUUUCUUGCAGCAGCCAAAUGGUGAGGAGACAAUUGAAGAAAUCGGAGAAAAGUACUUUCUUGAACUAUUGUCAAGAUCAUUUUUUCAAGCAUCAACUCACAAAAAACCAUACUAUUUAAUGCAUGACCUUGUCAUUGAUUUAGCUCAAUUUGUAUCUGGAGAAUUUUGUUUCAAGCUUCAGGAGAAUCAGGACCACAAGCAAAUUCCAGAAAAGGCUCGGCAUUUAGCAUGGUUGAUGAAUGGGCUUGAUGUCGACAAGAAGUUCGAGGCCCUUCUUGAUGCAAAGGAUAAUUACGCUGCCUGA